AUGGCUUCAGGCAAGAAGGAAAACAUGCUGUGGGGAGGCCGUUUCACGGGCGGCCUCGACCCCCUCAUGGAGCAGUACAACGAGUCCCUCUCCUUCGACAAUGUCCUCCACAAGCAAGACAUCCUCGGCUCUAUUGCCUUCGCUCGCGCCAACACGAAAGCCGGCCGCCUGACCCAGGACGAGUUCGAGAAGAUCGAGGCCGGCCUGCUGGAAGUCGAGAAGGAGUGGGAAAGCGGCACCUUCAAGUCCAUCCCCGGUGCCGACGAGGACAUCCACACCGCCAAUGAGCGCCGCCUGGGCGAGAUCAUCGGCAAGGACGUCGCCGGCAAGCUGCACACGGGCCGCAGCCGCAACGAGCAGAUCGCCACCGACAUGCGCCUGUGGCUGCGCGACGAGCUGGACAAGCUCGAGGGCUUCCUCAAGAGCUUCCUGCAGGUCAUUGCGAAGCGCGCCGAGUCCGAGAUCGAAUACGUCAUGCCUGGCUACACCCACUUGCAGCGCGCCCAGCCCAUCCGGUGGAGUCACUGGAUGUUGAGCUACGGCUUCGCGUUUGCCAACGACCUGGAGAGGCUUCGAGAGAUUCGCAAGAGGGUCAACCGCAGUCCCCUCGGAUGUGGCGCAUUGGCGGGCAACCCCUUCGGCAUCGACAGGGAGAUGAUGGCCAAGGAGCUGGGAUUCGAGGGCCUGCUGUGGAACUCCAUGGGUGCCGUGGCCGACCGUGACUUUGUCCUGGAGACACUGCAAUGGGGCAGCUUCCUGAUGCAGCACAUCAGCCGGUGGGCCGAGGAUCUGAUCAUCUACUCAUCGGCCGAGUUCGGCUUCGUCCGACUGGCCGAUGCCUACUCCACAGGCUCAUCCCUCAUGCCUCAGAAGAAGAACCCCGACAGCUUGGAGCUGCUCCGCGGUAAGAGCGGCCGUGCCUUCGGACACAUGGCUGGUUUCAUGAUGACGCUGAAGGGCCUGCCAUCCACAUACAACAAGGAUCUGCAAGAGUCCGUCGAGCCACUGCUAGACCACGUCAAGACGGUCGGCGACAGCAUCCAGAUCGCCGAGGGUGUGCUGUCAACACUAGCCACACAGCCCGAGAAGAUGAAGGCCGCACUCGACCCCUUCAUGCUGGCCACCGACGUGGCCGACUACCUGGUGCGGAAAGGCGUGCCGUUCCGGGAGACACAUCACAUCAGCGGGCGGUGUGUGGCGCUCAGCGAGCAGACCGGCACGCCGAUGAACGAGCUUACCUACGAGCAGAUGAAGGGUGUAGACGCCCGAUUUGAGGAGGACAUUGCCGAGUCGUUCGACUACGAGAAGAGCGUUGAGAUGAGGGCUGCCAAGGGCGGCACAAGCAAGGCCUGCGUGCUUGAGCAAGUCAAGGUUCUGACAGGCAUGAUCGCCCAGUAG